AUGGACCGAGGGGGCCUCCUUCCCUUCCAGCUGUGGUGCCCCCGGCCCUUUGGCACCUACUCCCAGAACCAGCCGCGCCCGCCUUCCGCAGCCCUCAAGCCGUCAGCCUGCCCUGAGCCAGGUGGGGGGUCGGAGCCAGACCAUGGCCCUGCCCACUCAGAAAACACACCCCCAGCCUUGGCCACGGAGGCUCCUGCCUCCCAGCCUGCCCCGCUCCUUUCAGCAGCCGCUGCCAGCGAUGAGGGUCGAGUCCUGCUGGACACGUGGUAUGUUAUCAAGCCCGGGAAUACAAAGGAGAAGGUGGCCUUCUUUGUGGCCCACCAGUGCGGUGGAGGCAGCCGGGCCAGCUCCAUGAAGGUCAAGGGGCACUGGGGCAGUGACAGCUCCAAGGCCAAGCGGAGGAGGCGCUGUCUUGAGCCUACGAAGGCUCCUCCGGACCCAGGGGGACAAGACGGGCCCCCUGCUGCUGAGGGGGUCCCAGCCUCAGCCAGUGAGGAUGUGGACCUGCUCUCUGUGGCCGAGAUGGUGGCCCUGGUGGAACAGCGGGCCGCCCUGGCCCUGCAGAGCUACCCGCGCCCAAGCACCCCAGCGCCUGUGGUCUACGUGUCGGCCGAACAGGGUGGGCCUGCCAAGGGGCUGGGGUCCGAACGGAGGUCUGGUGGCGGGGACUGCAGCCGUGUGGCGGAGGCCGUGGCCCACUUCGAGGCUCAGCGGGACAACCCUCCAGCCAAAGGCCUCCGCAAGGAGGAGCGGCCCGGGCCAGGCCCUGGGGAGGUGCGCAUCGCCUUCCGGAUCUCCAAUGGCCGAGAGCCCCGUGCACCGGAUGGCAGCUUGCCCAACGGGAGCGGGGGCCGGCCAGGUUGUGCCUACCCUGGCAGCCCGGGUCCUGGGGCCCGGGCCAAGGACAAGAUCACCUGCGACCUGUACCAGCUCAUCAGCCCCUCUCGGGAUGCCCUCCCCAGCAAUGUGGAGUUUCUGCUGGCUAGGGCGGAUGAAGCCAGCGAGGGUGAGACCCCAGCCCCUGCCAGGCCCGAGGACACUCCCCCGGCCCCCCCUCCACCCCCUGCCCGGGACUGUGGCGCAUCAGGCUUCCAUGUGGAUGUGGUGGUGACGGGGGUGGUGGAUGAGUGCAUCUUCUUCGGCAAAGAUGGCACCAAAAACGUGAAGGAGGAGACGGUGUGCCUGACUGUCAGCCCCGAGGAGCCACCCCCGCCCGGCCAGCUCUUCUUCCUCCAGCCCCGGGGGCCAGAUGGGCCCCCCGAGCCGCCGCCAACUGACUCGCCCGCCACUGCACCCGGCCCGGACGAUGCUGAGGGGACGGUGGACACCUCCCUGUGCCGCCUGUACCGGCACGUGUCGCACGACUUCCUGGAAAUCCGCUUCAAGAUCCAGCGGUUGCUGGAGCCGCGACAGUACAUGCUGCUGCUGCCUGAGCACGUGCUGGUCAAGAUCUUCAGCUUCCUGCCCACGCGCGCCCUGGCGGCCCUCAAGUGCACCUGCCACCACUUCAAGGGCAUCAUUGAGGCUUUCGGCGUUCGGGCCACAGACUCGCGCUGGAGCCGCGACCCGCUCUACCGCGAUGACCCUUGCAAGCAGUGCCGCAAGAGAUACGAGAAGGGCGAUGUGUCGCUCUGCCGCUGGCACCCCAAGCCCUACCACCACGACCUGCCUUAUGGACGUUCCUACUGGAUGUGCUGCCGCCGAGCCGAUCGCGAGACGCCAGGCUGCCGCCUGGGUCUGCACGAUAACAACUGGGUGUUGCCCUGCAAUGGGCCAGGCGGUGGCCCACCCCCACCCCCUCCCCCUGGGAGCCGAGGGUCAGGACUGGGUCACCAGCCCAUACCCUCAGCCCAGGCAGCGUUGACCCCCCUCCAGAACUGUGAUGGUGUUCAGGGGGAUGACCCAAGAAAGCACUCUGAUUGA